AAACAAAGAACGGUGCACCCCAGUAAUUGUAAUCAUUGUUACAGUGUCUGCAAAACCCUCCAUUUUGGUUAAACUUUUUUGUUUGUUGCCAUCUUAUUGGCAAUUCACAAGCGCCUCUUAGUCCCCGUGUCCGCCUUCUUUCCAUUUUGGUGAUUUUAAUUACAUCUGGUGAUUAAACGGAUCAUAAAAAUCAAUGCGCCAAAUUUAAUUGAUACCACUUUUGGAUACUUUGCUGUCAGUUUAUGUACGUAUGUAGAAUGUUCCACAACAAUUCACUUUACGUCUUUUGUUAAGCGAUGUAGAUUAUGUUUUGCCGCUGAAGGUGAACAUUUUGAACUUCUCCCAUAUGAACAGCUGACAUUUAUGUGCUACCAUUUUCGGCAGCUAUAUUGUAGCUCUGACAUUGAUGUUCCAUAAAUGAAUGGGUGCAAACACAAAAAGUAUAUAUAGUUUUGAUCAAAAGCUUCGCCAUUGUUGUUUUUAAAGGUGGAUUUCAUCCACGCAUGACGUCUGUCUGUCUUCUCCAGUUCAAGGCGGUGGCAGGAGGUUGGACAAACAUUUCGAUAGUGUCCAGUUGCUACGCACUGUUUUCGUGCUACUGGUUUCCUCGAAAAUGUUACGUUUUAUGAAAAUAACAUAUAACAUGUGACGUUUUUAUUUUAAUAACCCCUGUAAUAUUCAUUCAACAAUAAUUUCUCAGUUGAAUACUUGACAUGCAGCCCCUUACGUUGUGAGGACCUUACAUCAGACUGAAGGAGUGAACCUUACACGCGAUAAUGCGCAAGUUAAUGGGUGGAGUUUCAUUAAAAAUUGACAGAUACCCUAACGUAUAUGUAAAGUUGCUUGGCCCUUCAGAUUAAACUGCACCAAAAUGGAAAUAUCUUGAGAGAGGUUUUGUAUAAGUCUGCGAAACCAAAUGUUAUUAACAUAUGCAAGAUGGUAUGUGUGCUGAUACUUGAAAUGGGCAGACAUGGAGAAACUAAGAGGUGGUUCUGAAUUGCACCAAAAAAGGUGUAUGAUUCUGGUUUGGUGUUAAUUGCACUAAACUCUGUGGUACAUAACGGUGUCAGAUGUUUAUUUACACCAUAUGGGACACUUGGCAGGAGGUGCCCAAAAUGUUCUCAAUCAAAAAUAUUGUGGGGUACAUACCGGUGGAAGUGUAACCAUACACUAUGCUUAAAUUCACUGUUUUCAGACCUCACAAGUCGUAAUUUUAACUUAGCAAUUACGGGAAUUCACCGUUCUUUGGCCAAACAGGAUGACUGUAUUAAAAUGCUAAUUCUAAACCUGCCACGGUAACCAUAUUCCUCUUGCAUGACCACUCCUGCGUAUUCAGUAUUCAGCAGGUCAAGAAGUUUCUUCCUUACAGAACCCAAAGGAUCCUCGCUCAUCAGGAAAUCCUGCCAUUAGUGUCUGACACAGUGCACCAAUCUUGCACUUGCUAACUUACUGGCCUGCUCUGACACGACAAUUCGCUCCAGUAAUAUUUUGUGUCUUCACGAAGUUCAAGUGACAUUAUUCAAAACAAAGUGCAACAGAUACUAAAUUUCAUGGCAUUUGGUAGAUUUUUGGCGUUCGAAAAAGAGAGAGGAAACAGGAAUUAGAACUGAAGAGGUUUUGUAUAGCGUACCUGCUAGUAGCACAGAUGCAUUUGUUUUUGCUCGUCUGAAAUUCUUAUAACAUUUUAAAUAAUGCUGGCGGGGAAGGAGACCAUAUAUCCCCCCACCCGGAUUACAAUAAUCAAAGUUGAAAAAAGGAGGAAAUAUAUCAAAUAGUAUUAACAGAAGAUACUAUUACGCAUACAAACUGAAUCCUUCUAUUCUGAAUGCUCUUUGGCGCUCCGUAAAAUAUUCUUAAACGGCUUCAACGCAAGUUUGAAAGGAAAUUUUCUGGAACAUCGACAAUCCCACACCCCACUCGGACAGGAUCUCCAAGACCUGGGGCCUCAAUGUAGGAAAUCUCCUACCUAGGCUGUCUAGUGAUGGACUCUAGUGAACACUUUAUGAAACAGCCGAACGCAAGGAAUGGUGGUACAUUUGUACCUCAUGUUAUCUUCGAGGGUACAUUCACUUUAGGUUGCCAGUAUUGUAGCAUGUUAUUGGCGUAGGAGGUGACGGAGUGGGGUGAAGAGAGCGAUGAUGGAAGUGUGUGUUGACAGUGUGGAGUCUGCUCUGAAUGCUUACAAUGGGGGAGCGUCUCGUCUGGAGUUGUGUGCAGCUUUGAGUGAAGGUGGGCUCACCCCCUCUCCAGGAAUGCUCCAGAUUGUUAAAUCUCUUGUAACAAUACCAGUAUUUGUAAUGUUGCGUCCUCGUGGGGGUGAAGAUUUUGUGUAUUCAUGUUAUGAAGUUGAGGUUAUGAAACAUGAUGCUAGCAUAUUAAAGAACUUGGGUGCGGAUGGAUUUGUGUUUGGAGCUCUGACCCCAUCUGGUGAGAUAGACAAGAAUGUAUGCAAGGAAAUCAUGGAUGUAGUGUCGCCUCUGCCAGCCACAUUCCAUCGAGCAUUUGAUGUGUGUCAUAAUAUCCGCAUGGCUCUACCAGCUGUCAUAGAGGCUGGAUUUUCCCGUCUUCUGACCAGCGGACAGGAGUUAACAGCAAGUGAAGGAAUUCCUGUUAUAAAGAAAUUAGUUUUGAAUGCAAAUGGACGAAUUAUUAUCAUGCCUGGUGCAGGAAUCACAAAAGUGAACAUUGGGGAAAUUCUUCGACAGACAGGAGCACGAGAAUUUCAUGCAUCAGCUAAGGUUUUGAAGAAAUGUAGUGGUCCACCCAGCAAGUGCACCCUGGGGUCCAGGAGUCAGCAGAAUGUGCUUGUGACAUCAGAAGGGCUGGUUAGGGAAAUGGUGACAGUUGCUGCUGAAAUUGUGAGAACCAGAAAGUGGGAAAUCAGCGUGUGAGUCACUGGGGCAUGCUGUAUUUCAGUCGCUACAACUCAAAGAAACCAGAAGGAAAGGAAGUGACGCUUGUAAUACAAUCUGCUUCACACAGCCUGUAAUUGUAACACUGCUUGUAUUCUUGCUUCAGACAUUUGUGUAAAUAUAAGCUGAAUGGUCA